AUGUCUUCCUACGAAGCCCUGAAGAACUCAUUCGAGAAUGUCAUCCUCGACCCGAAGAACAAGGCGCCGCUCGUGAUCCUCAAGGCCAUCCGUAACGGUAUCGUCUAUGGCGCAAAGAUUCGAUUCCCCCAUGCCUUGGUCAUGGUCUUCUUGUUCCGCUCCGGCACACUCCAACAGAAGAUCAAAGCGAUCUUCAAAGCGACCCGACAACAUGCGACCAAUCUCGCCAAAUUCGCCUUUCUCUACAAGAGCAGCAUGCUUGCCCUUCGCACCAGCAACGGCGGCAAGCCCGCCGCUGCACACAGCUUCCUUGCGGGUCUGCUAGGCGGCUACGUCGUCUUCGGUCAGGGAGAGAAUGCAAAGAGCAAUGUCAGCCAACAGAUCGUCAUCUAUCUCUUUGCGCGUGUGGCGCUAGCUUUGGCUUCGUUGGCGGUGCAGCCGCCUGGAGAGAACACCCUUGUCGGAGGAACAUACGGUCCGCACGGUGGUAUUGGUCUUUUGAGACUCUCGCCGGAGAACACUGAGCUGCUUAAGAAGUACAGCUGGCCGGCGUUCGCCAGUCUGAGCUGGGCCGGUGUCAUGUGGCUGUUCGAGACUUACCCUGAGACGCUGCAGCCCAGCCUCCGGGCGUCCAUGGUGUACAUUUACGACAAUGCCGAGAAGUGGAAUGGUGCUCGCAACUUCCUCUGGCACAACGAAUAG